AAUUAGGUUUUUGGGAUUAUCUCUGGAACUAUGGGAGAUGGAAUAUUGGUUUCUUCGGCAAAGUCUUAGAGUUUUGAGAGCAGAAGACGACAGCAUUCAUGAAAAAGUCGGGAAGUUAGAAUUGGCUGUUUCAAUUAUGGUUUUGGAAUUAUCUCUGGCCCUGCGGGAGAUGGAAUAUUGGUUUCUUUGGCAAAGUCUUAGAGUUUUGAGAGUAGAACACGGCGGCAUUCAUGAAAAAGUCGGGAAGUUAGAAUUGGCUGUUUCAAUUAUGGUUUUGGGAUUAUCUCAGGAACUAUGGGAGAUGGAAUAUUGGUUUCUUCUGCAAAGUCUUAGAGUUUUGAGAGUAGAAGACGGCGGCAUUCGUGAAAAAGUCGUGAAGUUGGAAUUGGGUGUUUCAAUUAUGGUUUUGGGAUUAUCUCAGGAACUAUGGGAGAUGGAAUAUUGGUUUCUUCUGCAAAGUCUUAGAGUUUUGAGAGUAGAAGACGGCGGCAUUCGUGAAAAAGUCGUGAAGUUGGAAUUGGGUGUUUCAAUUAUGGUUUUGGGAUUAUCUCAGGAACUAUGGGAGAUGGAAUAUUGGUUUCUUCGGCAAAGUCUUAGAGUUUUGAGAGUAAAAGACGUCGGCAUUCAUGAAAAAGUCGGGAAGUUAGAAUUGGCUGUUUCAAUUAGGUUUUUGGGAUUAUCUCUGGAACUAUGGGAGAUGGAAUAUUGGUUUCUUCGGCAAAGUCUUAGAGUUUUGAGAGCAGAAGACGACAGCAUUCAUGAAAAAGUAGGGAAGUUAGAAUUGGCUGUUUCAAUUAUGGUUUUGGAAUUAUCUCUGGCCCUGCGGGAGAUGGAAUAUUGGUUUCUUUGGCAAAGUCUUAGAGUUUUGAGAGUAGAAGACGGCGGCAUUCGUGAAAAAGUCGUGAAGUUGGAAUUGGGUGUUUCAAUUAUGGUUUUGGGAUUAUCUCAGGAACUAUGGGAGAUGGAAUAUUGGUUUCUUCGGCAAAGUCUUAGAGUUUUGAGAGUAGAAGACGGCGGCAUUCAUGAAAAAGUCGGGAAGUUAGAAUUGGCUAUUUCAAUUAGGUUUUUGGGAUUAUCUCUGGAACAAUGGGAGAUGGAAUAUUGGUUUCUUCGGCAAAGUCUUAGAGUUUUGAGAGUAGAAGACGACGGCAUUCAUGAAAAAGUCGGAAAGUUAGAAUUGGGUGUUUCAAUUAUGGUUUUGGGAUUAUCUCAGGAACUAUGGGAGAUGGAAUAUUGGUUUCUUCUGCAAAGUCUUAGAGUUUUGAGAGUAGAAGACGACGGCAUUCAUGAAAAAGUCGGGAAGUUAGAAUUGGCUGUUUCAAUUAGGUUUUUGGGAUUAUCUCUGGACCUAUGAGAUUCGGAUUAUUGGUUUCUUUGGCAAAGUCUCAGUUUUGAGAGUAGAAGACGGCAGCAUUCAUAAAAAAGUGUGGAAGUUGGAAUUGGGUGUUUCAAUUAUGUGUUUGACGGAAUUAUGUGUUUGGCGGGAUUAGUUGUUUCACGGCAUUAUGUGUUUGACAGGAUUAGGUGUUUGACGGGAUCAUGUGUUUGACUGGACUAGGUGUUUCACGGAAUUACAUGUUUGACGAGGUUAGGUGUCUCACGGGAUACGGGAUUAGGUGUUUGAUGCGAUUGGGUGUUUAACGGGAUUAAAGUUUCACGGGAUUAGGUGUUUGACGCGAUUGGGUGUUUCACGGAAUUACAUCUUUGACGAGAUUUGAUGUUUCACGGGAUACGGUAUUAGGUGUUUGACGCGAUUGGGUGUUUUACGGGAUUAGGAGUUUCACGGGAUUAGGUGUUUGACGCGAUUGGGUGUUUCACGGAAUUACAUGUUUGACGAGAUUAGGUGUUUGACGGGAUUAGGUGUUUGACGGGAUUAGGUGUUUGACGGGAUUAGGUGUUUGACGGGAUUAGGUGUUUGACGGGAUUAGGUGUUUGACGGGAUUAGGUGUUUGACGGGA